CUACGCCCAGGGUCGCCUGGGCAGUCUUGGAAGCAGAGAAAACGGGAAUCCGAGUCCCUGUGUGGCGUCCAGCACGCGUAUGAACGAGCUCUAGACGCAGAAUGAAGGAGGUGAAGAGCGAGCGGGAGCGGGGGAGCCGGCGAAGGCACCGGGAGGAGGACACGGUGGCGGCGGUGGCCACGGUGGUGGUCCCCAGCCAAAAAGAAAAACAAGUCCUCAGGGAGAAGAAGCAAGUCCCCUCGGAGUAAGAGAAGUCGAAGUCCUCAUCAUUCAACGGUCAAAGUGAAGCAGGAACGUGAGGAUCAUCCUCGGAGAGGACGAGAGGAUCGGCAGCAUCGGGAACCGUCGGAACUAGAACACCGGAGAGCUAGGAACAGUGACCGAGACAGACACCGGGGCCAUACCCACCAAAGGAGAAGCUCCAGCGAGAGGCCUGGGAGUGGACAGGCUCAGGGACGGGAUCGAGACAUUCCGAACCUGCAGGCUCAGGAAGAAGAGCGGGAGUUUUACAAUGCCAGGCGCCGGGAGCAUCGCCAGAAGAAUGAAGUUGGUGGCAGUGGUAACGAGUCUCAGGAGUUGGUUCCUCGACCUGGUAGCAAUAAUAAGGAAAAAGAGGUGCCCGUUAAAGAAAAACCAAGUUUUGAACUUUCUGGGGCACUUCUUGAGGACACAAACACCUUCCGGGGUGUAGUCAUUAAAUAUAGCGAGCCCCCAGAAGCACGUAUCCCCAAAAAACGGUGGCGUCUCUACCCUUUUAAAAAUGACGAGGUGCUUCCCGUCAUGUACAUCCAUCGACAGAGUGCGUACCUCCUGGGUCGGCAUCGCCGCAUCGCAGACAUUCCCAUUGACCAUCCCUCCUGUUCGAAGCAGCACGCCGUCUUUCAGUAUCGGCUUGUGGAGUACACCCGUGCUGAUGGUACAGUUGGCCGAAGGGUGAAGCCCUAUAUCAUUGACCUCGGUUCAGGCAACGGAACCUUCUUGAACAAUAAGCGUAUUGAGCCACAGAGAUACUAUGAACUGAAAGAAAAGGAUGUUCUUAAAUUUGGGUUCAGUAGCCGAGAGUAUGUUUUGCUCCACGAGUCAUCGGACACCUCUGAAGUAGACAGGAAAGAAGAUGAGGAUGACGAGGAGGAACAGGAAGUGUCAGACAGCUAGCAAACUAAGAAACAAACUGUUGACACCUUUUCCUUCUUGGAAGACUUUGGGAUUGACUCAGAGAGCACCGUGGUGUUCUCUGUAAUGCCUCUUAUUGCCUUAAGUCUUUCCUCUGUUGCUGACCAGCUUAUGUUACAGUUUAAGAACACUGACUUCGGUUUCGUUGAACUUUUUUCUGUGGAACAUUAGC